AUGCAGCCGUUGCGAACAGCAGCAGCAGCAGCAGCAGCUGCAGCAGGGGGGGCAACAGCAGCAGCAGGGGGAGCAGCAAUGGGGACGCCAGUGGGAGCGUUCCCAGGUCUGGCCCAGCCCAUGGGCACGCGAGUACUCUUCUCCCGCUCGCCCACGCUCCUCCACUUCACCAUCCCUCCCCAGCACUUCUCCCUCAAAGCGCUUCCUGAAAUCGUCUUCGCCCUGUUCUGGACGGCCUUUGUCGCCUUCUGGACGACCACAGCAGCAUCUUCUGGGGCUCCCCUCUUCUUCAUCCUCUUCUCCAUUCCCUUCUGGGCUGUCGGCAUUGGCCUGCUGGCCCACGUGCUACUGCGGCACAUCAUGGACGAAACAGUAACAGUGGACCCUGCCACGUGUCAGGUGACCAUUCAUCGAAUGGUGAAAGGGCAGACUCUGCCGUUCUUUGGCCUUUCCACGGCGCACACAGCUCUCAUCCAUGGCGCGGGAGUCAACUACACCAUGCAGCACCAUCAGCACGACUCAUGGGAGUACGGCCAGUACCACUACCACCACCACCACUCUCCACCAACCACGUUCUGCCAGCUCACCAUGGCAGGCGGCGAGACGCUCUCCUUUGGCUCUCGCUUGUCGCUAGCGGAGCAGCGCUGGCUCUCCCUUCAAAUCGCAUCCUUUCUGCAAGUGCCCUGGUUCCAGCCACCCUUUCUGCAAUCAUAUUGA